UGACAAAGUCUACAGACGAACAGACAGACAAAGGGAAAACAAAUGUGCUGAACUGGAUUACAUAGUUGAAAGGCCAUGCGCCGCAAGGGAGGAGAGAGACGUAUACGUCUGAAGACAGUUAAUCCUCAUAUAACUUGUCGAUUAUGCAAGGGGUAUCUAAUAGAUGCCACUACCAUCACAGAAUGCCUCCACACAUUUUGUAAGUGUUGCAUUGUAAAGUAUCUGGAAGAAAACAAUACUUGUCCUACUUGUCAAAUUGUUAUUCAUCAGAGUCAUCCACUCAACUACAUCAGCCAUGAUCGGACCAUGCAAGAUAUAGUGUAUAAACUUGUUCCAAACCUUCAUAAAAAUGAACAAGACAGAGAAGAAAAGUUUUAUUCUAAGAGGGGUUUACCUUUGCCAAGGUCACUCUCUGGUGUAGAAAAUGGAGACGAGAAUGGCUAUGGCUCUGAAAACAAGCCUCCUCCACAGCCCAAAGACGAUGGUGAUUUUCAUCGUACAGAUGAACAAGUUAAUGUCUGCUUGGAGAAUGCCAAGUCAAUGAAAGAAUUAAAAAAAAAGUAUUUACGUCUUUCUGCUCUGGCCACCAUUACUCAUUUGAAGAAGUAUGUGGCUGUGAAAGUUUUCAGCAAUAUUCAAAGGUAUAAAGAGGUUGAAAUACUGUGCAAUGAAGAAAUACUAGGCAAAGAUCAUUCCCUUAAGUUUGUGUGUGUGACACGUUGGAAAUGCAAGAACACCCCUUUGCACCUCAUCUACAGACCAAGAGUGGACAUCGUAUGACAUCACAUGGCACAUCACUGAAUCACAUUCUUCAUUACCAAUUUAAAACUUUUGUGAACACAUUUUUACUAUGUCAUAGCCUCCAUUUAACAGUAUGUCAUCCAACUGUCCUACAAGGAUUGCUUAGUCAUCAUUCUUACUUAUCAGGAAUAUUUAAGAGGUGAAAAAUGUGGGUAUGAAUUUGUUACGGUGCUUGAAAGAAGACGUGUAGUAAAGAGAACUUCACUAAUAGCAGCCUUACCAUGAAUCUGAUUUUAGUCAUUUUUACUUUCAUAGACACUUGUUUAAUACAAGAUCUUUUUUAUGGAUUUAACAUAUAUUAUUAAAUCAAUGCAAAACUAUGUCAAAUCUUAUUUCAGUUGCUUUUUCUUCAUUUUACUCUGUUGUAGGAUUACUACUAGGAUCAGCAGUGUGAAUCUUUUAUCAUUUUACUUGAAGAAGUCUACAAAGUAUACCAACAGUUUGUUCACAGUCAGCAAAGUAUCUGUUGUUUGAUGAUAUAAUUAAAAUGUGCAUUUUGUCUUCACCAUGAGGGUGACAGUGGAGAGGACACAUGAUGGUAAUUUCUCCCACAGCAAUAGCUUUGUGGAUGUACAUGUGCAUUAUUCUUGUGCUUUCCUAAUGCAUAAUGUAAAAUGUUGAGUUUAUAAUAGGGGAUAUCCUUGUUUGAUAGUACCGAAAGAUUACUUUUAUUGUGUAUCUGUUGAAAAUAUGUAUUAAAGAAAAACUUCUUUUUUGUUUUGGGAAAGGCAAAAAGUCCUUUCACAAUCUGUACAUAUUAUAUGUUCCCCUAGUAAAAUUUUUCUUUAUAUAUUUUAUGGUAAGCAGAAUGCUUCACUGGAGUUAAUCAUGUAAAUAACAUUAAAUAGGACAACAAGCUAUCCCUUAUGUUGCUUUUAUAGAAGAAAAAGUGAAAAAGAAACUUUAAAAGAUUACUGGUACAUUUUGAAUUUUAAUAACUAUUUUAUAAUUACUACUAUGUGAUAAAAUUAACCUGGGUUAUUUGAAGAGGGGACCUCUUGUGAUUUUUUCCUUUUAUCAAAGGUAAUUAUGGUUUGAAUAUAUUUAAGUGGGGAUAUCGUACCAAUAAGUUAAAGUGAAGGACCAUAAUUGAAAUUGUUCAACAGAGAUUACUAUGUGAACAGUUUCGCGUCAUAUGUGCUAUUCUGACGGGUAAAUAUAACAAUGUUUGA